AUGAAGCUUUUGAAUAGAAAAGGUAAUAUUCCUGAACUUAGUAGCUUUGCGCUAUCUGACACCUUGCAAUUGGUCCCAGACAUCCGACUUUGCAGCUCAUGGGCAAAGUAUGAACCUGUGGUCUGCCCCACUAGCCAACUUAGCGAAUUAUCAAUUGGUAUGUCGGAAGUCUCUGAACAACAAAAAUUAACACCAGGAAUGAUAAUGAUUACUGGAAAUCAAAUGGAAAGAGAACCGGAACCAUUCACUGUUAAUCUUAUGAUCUCACCAACAGCCGACAGAAAUCACCCUUUAUUCAAACAGUUUCUCUCCACCGUUAAAGAAUUGGAGAAGCAGAUGUUGUUCGAGUAUAGGACGUAGUU